AUGAAUUAUCACCAACUUUAUAGAGUUGAAUAAAACAAAUCCAUGUCAGAAUUGAAAUUAAACACCUUUAGAAAAUAUUGUGAGCUUUCUUUAGAACAAAAGAAAGAUCUGGAAUGUUUUACUCUAAUCAAACAUUUCAUAAAUAAGUAAGAUGACUACUAGGAUACUGAUUCUUCUAAUGCUUCGAGUGCUUCUGAGACUUCAAAUACGGUGCACAUGGAAGGAAAUGAAUAGCAAUAGAUAUGCAUACAGAUGUUUGAUAUUAUAAGAUAAAUGAAAAGAGCAGUAAAAUAGUCUUAAAAAUUAUGUUCCUCCAAGAUAAAAAAAUUAAAUAAGGUUAUAGAAAAGAGAAAUAAAGAAAUCAACCUGAUUAAAAUUAGACUUGGUCUGUUGUGA